AUGACUAAGAGUGUACAGUGCUUAUAUCUCUUGCUUUUAGUACAGAAAACUCCCUGCAACUUUGACGAAGGAGACCAUGUGGAAGCCAGUAGUGAUGAAGAUGGUCUUCAAGGUGUUUGGUUCCCUGCAAUUUUUAAGAAAAAAGAGGCUGGCAAAUAUCUGAUUGACUGCCCGCAACUGGCGAGCAAUGAUGAAACAGGCCUGUUUGGAGAAGAGGUCGAUGAACUGCAUUUAAGGCCACGCCCUCCUGAUGGUGAAGUCCCUGACAGAUUAGGAUAUACCGAAAAAGUUGAUGCUUUCCACAACGAAGGGUGGUGGGAGGGGGUGAUCACCAAGACAUUGGAGGAAGCGGAUGAAUAUCAGGUGUUCUUCCACAGGAUGGGGGAGCAUGUUUCCUUCACCCCCUCGAAGUUGAGGCCUCACCGUGAGUGGGUCAACCAGAGGUGGGUCCCCCCGUUGGACCCCUCCUCGUCGUCGUAUAAUGCUGAUCAGUUGUCACCUGAAGCGGAAGCAGUGACUGAACAUAACUUUAACCCAGGGGACCAUGUUGAAGCCCGGAUUGAUGAAGAUGGUUUUGAUGGUGCUUGGUUCCCUGCAACUGUUCUUGAGAAAACAGAGGCUGACAAAUAUAUGAUUGAGUACGAAAAAUUGGCGAAUGAUGAUGGCACAAGCCUCUUGAGAGAAGAAACUGAUGGACUCCAUUUAAGGCCAAGCCCUCCUGAUGUUGGAGUCACUGACAGAUUUCAAGUUAACGAAACGGUUGAUGCUCUUUACAAUGAUGCUUGGUGCGUUGGUACGAUUACGAAAGUUGAUAGAAGAGGAAGAUACUCCGUAUACUUUGAGAAGCCUCCCGAGGAGUCAAAGUUUGAUUAUUCUCAGUUGCGGGUGCAUCAGGAAUGGAUAAAUGGCGAAUGGUAUAUUGCCUCAAAGGUACUACUCCUACUUUCUAGCUGUAAACUGACAUAUGCAAAUCAUAAAAUUGGUGAUGAUUGUGAAUCAUAUCUUUCAUCACAAGUGAUUGAAUUUGUGAGGAUCCCAAGUCUUCGUAGCAGCCUUUGUUGUGUAAAAAGUGUAAAUGCUUUAACCCUCUGCUUCAUUUUUACUGGUAUCAUACUUUCAAGGCCAGGUAGCACAGUGCCACCAGUAGAAUCUGAAUCUUCUGCCUCCAUGUAUAAGGUUACCAUAGGUAUUCUAGGGCUUUCAAAACCUGAUGCCCAAGUUGGUAAAUACUACAAACCUUAA